AACAUGAGCCUCAAGACUGAGACUGAGCCGAACAACAAUGUCUCCAUGGAGGAAGAGGUACGAACACUUUUUGUCAGCGGUCUACCAGUUGACAUCAAACCACGGGAACUGUACCUUCUAUUCAGACCAUUUAAGGGUUAUGAAGGGUCACUGAUUAAGUUAACAUCAAAACAGCCUGUUGGGUUUGUAACAUUUGACAGCCGAUCUGGAGCUGAAGCAGCAAAAAAUGCUCUAAAUGGUAUCCGUUUUGACCCCGAAAGCCCUCAGACACUGCGCUUAGAGUUUGCUAAAGCCAACACGAAGAUGGCAAAGAGUAAGCUGAUGGCCACACCGAACCCCACAAAUAUCCACCCUGCUCUAGGAGCACACUUCAUUGCACGGGACCCAUAUGACCUGACGGGAGCAGCACUGAUCCCAGCCUCCCCUGAUGCGUGGACACCUUACCCACUGUACACAACAGAGCUGACCCCCGGCCUCCCUCAUGCAGCUUUCACUUACCCGGCGGCGGCCGCUGCUGCAGCAGCCCUCCACGCCCAGAUGCGCUGGUACCCUACUCCUUCUGAGACUUCCCAGCCUGGAUGGAAAUCCCGGCAGUUUUGUUAG